GGACGGGAGCCGGCUCUUUGAACCGGCUCGUUCGCAACCGACACAUCACUAUUGUAUUGUUCGACGUCUUCCCAAGACAGAAGCAACUUUGUGGUUUCUAACUCCCGAGAAACUACUUUAAUAGUUUUAUUUUUACUGGAUCUGCUUUAGAUUUAACAAACAAACGUUGGUCGGUAGCUUUACCAGCACACGAAGAGGAUUUAGAAGAAGAAUAAAGUGGUGAAUAUUGCGUCUAACGGAGCUAACUGUUGAUCACCAGUGUAGGUGCGUGACAGGAGACUUAGCUCUCCACCUGGGCUGGGUUGGAGAUGGGGGAUCCGGAGCCUGCAGAGUUUGGGUCCCUGGAGGAAGAGCUGCAGUACUGGAAGGAGCAGGCUACCAGCAACCAACAGAGUGCGGAGGAAGCCCAGGAGGAACUGCAGGAGUUUCAGCAGAUGAGUCGGGACUAUGAGGUGGAGCUGGAGAUGGAGCUGAAACAGUGUGAGGCCCGAAACCGAGAGCUUCUCUCCGCCAACAACCGCAUCAGCACGGAGCUGGAAAACUACAAGGAGAAGUAUGAGACGCAGCACUCGGAGGCCCACCGGCAGAUCUCCAGCCUGGAGGGAGACCUGGCUGAGACCACCGCCGUCAGAGACCAGCUUCACAAAUACAUCAGAGAGCUGGAGCAGGCCAACGAUGACCUGGAGAGGACCAAGAGGGCGACCAUCAUGUCGCUGGAGGACUUUGAGCAGAGGAUGAACCAUGUCAUAGAGAGGAACGCCUUCCUGGAGAGCGAGCUGGACGAGAAGGAGAACCUGCUGGAGUCUUUCCAGAGGCUGAAGGACGAGGCCAGAGACCUGAGACAGGAGCUUGCGGUGCAGCAGAAACAGCAGGUACAGGACAGGAAGCCGUCCCUCAGCAGUGCAAUCAAAGAUCCUUCCUCCUCCUCCUCCUCCUCCUCCUCCUCCUCAGCCUCGGCUGGUCUGCCCACCCCGCCCCUCACCCCACCGGACAAACGAACGGAGGACAAAACCACGUCUUCGUCCUCUCACCAGCCCGUCCCCUCCGCCACCACACCGUCCAGACCUCCGGAGUCCUUCAGCACCCCCCCGCCCUCCGUCAGCAGAGGUGAAAGCCUCUCGGCGACUCCUCUCACCACGUCGGCGAGAAUCUCGGCUCUGAACAUCGUCGGAGAGCUGCUGAGGAAAGUCGGGAACCUGGAGUCCAAGCUGGCGUCGUGUCGGGAGUACGUCCAGGAGCAGACAGUAGGCCGCAGAGGCCACGCUGGUGGACAGGGGGCGCCGUCGGGCCAGAACAACUCCUCAGAGACCCAUCCUACCAACGGCCUCUACAACAAGGGGUGAGACGAUGCAGGCUGGUGAAGAGGAUAGACUUCGGAGCGUCACCCAAGCUGCUGCUGUGAAAGUGAAGACGUCCUCCACCUCGAUCCCGAACCUUCCUCUGAGCUGCUCGUGCCUCCCCGUCCCUGCAGCCUGGAUGUAAACGGUACUGUGUUGGUUAGCAGAACGUGGACCUCUCUCACUCUGAGCUGCAGUGAUGCACAUGGACGGAUAUGUUUUCUAUGGAUACUUUAGGAUCCGGUCUGUUACCAGCUCAAGUCUACACAGUCUGAGUUUUUGUUUGUUUGUUUAUUAGCAGGACUUUCUUUUUGGCACUUAGCUUGAACUAACUUCCUGGACUUGUGCUGCAUGUCACCACCUCACCUCCUUUAUUUUUCGUUUGUGUCUUUUUUUUGUGUGUUAAGACUGAACACGAAGCGACUUUUAGAGGCAGCGUGACUUCGUACCGUCAAUGAAAAGACUUCAGAGGAUGCAGGUUCUCGUCGAGGUGGUUGAGCUCAGCAGAAAGCUGUAGUACUCCAAUACAUGACAGGGUUUCCCUCACUGUACGCUAGCGGGGGAUGAAUUUACAGAAGGAAAGCGCACAAGUGUACGGAGAGAAAAUGGCCCCACUUGUCAUUUCAUCUCGAUUACAUUUAAUACUCAUGUACAUUUAGCCACACAUACUGUAUGCAUCUCUUGUGGUCGACUCUACUCCGGUCCAGAAGGAGUCGGUAAUGCAACAUGUUCUCAUCUUAACCCGUCACAAACCGCCGCUUGGUGUCACUUUAGGAUUGGGCAACAAAACCACUUAGUUAGGUUUAGGAAAAAACAGCAUGGUUGGGAUUAAAACUAUUAUAUUUGUGCAGUGAAAAUUAAUGAAUGAAUCAUAUUUAUGAACUAGGAGACAAAAGUCUUAUCGUCUUCAUGGAGUCCCGAGGUGGAUUUCACUCCGUCUCCAAGGCUUCGUGGAUGCAUUUACACCUUGCUUUUUGAUAUCUAUGACGUAUGAAGUGACUUAAGUGUAAACAGGGUCGAUCAGUGUGGAGGAAAAUAAGAAACUUAACAGGAACUCUGGUUGUUUCUGACAUCGGUCUGAGCUGUAGCGUACGUGCACACAUGUGAAGUUAAACAUCUGUACCGUCACGUUUGUCUGCUAAAAGACUUCAGUGGUCAAACCUGCACAAUUAAACCAAAGUGAGAAUUUACUUUAUGUUUAGUUUGAACACACCUUGAACACUGGAAGGGCACUUUUAUCUACAGGAGAGAGAGAAAGGAGGCGGUUUUUGAGAAUGUCUUUAAAUUACUACUUUUGAAAUGUUAGGACAACACAGUCCAUCUUGUCCUCAUAAAACUACAUGUGAUGGUCUGAUUUAAUACAAUACGCCUCCGCAGCUGCAUUUUGUUGAAUGAGAGGUUGGCAAAAAAAACGAAUCCCAGAGAGAAUGGAAAUAAUAGUCGAUUCAAACACACAUUGUAGUCCUGUAGUUAAUUAGUUAUAGAAAGACAUGGACUUGGUAUCUGUGUUGUUGCUCAUAAUUAUCUUCAGGGUUUAUUUGAAGCGUGGAAUUUAGAUUUCCUGCUACUGGAGUCAGGAAACUGCUGACCUGGAAGGAGCUUUCAAAAGCAUCCCUCUGCAGGCCUUCGGGUUUUAAUGAACUGUGUUUUUUAUUACCAUGAAAAAGUCAAAUUACUUAUUAAAAGCAUAAUGUUUUGUGGGGAAAAAAAGAAAGUUUUGAAUGCAGAUCUUACUUAACAACAUCUAGUGGCCAUCAGUGGUUCUGCAUCUUAAAGCUGCCUAAAUGAAUAUGUUGUUGUAUCAAUAAUUAAUGAAAUGUAAUAAUGAAGAGAUUUAUUACAGUCACGAUUUCUGCCGCUCCAUGUAGCUUUUUUAGCCUCAUUUAUCUCCGACUAGUUCUGGUUGUACGGCUCAUUCAGCUGUCAAGAAAACUAAUUUUCUUCUUUUCUGAAUAAGAACAUUUUCUUUGCUUUCCCUCCUUGUAUGAUUGAGAUUAGCGUUAGAGGAAGCAUCACUUCUAUGUUGUUGAACUCCUUGUUAACCUGUUAAAUGUCCGUGAUGGAAGCAGAAUUACAACUAGAAUUGAACUUUGCAGCUUUUUCCCCCGUUUGCAGUGAGGUUGUCUUUAGGGCUGUCCGAUCUGUUACUUUAUAUUUACCUGACACCGCUGCCCAGCGCACACUCAAAGUUACUCAAAGCUAUAGAUAAGAUAAAACUUAUGUCAUCACGACAGAAACUACAUGGUAAAAAUAAUUUACAAAUUAUUCAAAAUAAUAUACAUAGCAGCGUAUAUACAGUAUUGAUUAAAUAUGAAUCUUUAAGAACAGCUUUAGGUUAUUAAAUUUGGCACACUUUAUUUUUCCUAAGUUUUCUGAUCCAAAUACUUGAGAUCCUGGUUUAGCAGUUUAUUUAUCUGAUAUGAGUGAACGUUUAACAGGCAGAAUGUACAUUUACUACUCUUACUUUUAUUAGAGAAGAUUUGUAAGGUGGACAAAAGUGUGCAGUACAGUGAAGUUGUUGUUUGAUGGGGUUUAUUUGACCCCUGGACAUCCCUAGUUGUCAUGUUGGUCAGUUUAAAGGUACAAUGAGUUGGAUUUUCAUCAUCACUUAUGAACCACUAGAAGUGUGUGGUGGUGUCUGUAUCUGCAGAGACCCUGCAGCCCUCUGCCUUUAUUUUAUUAUGUUGCUGUGUUCGGGACGUUUCUGAAUCCUAACCUCAAAAAAAACCCGUAAGAGGAAGCUGGCGCGGAAAAAACUUAAUAAAAUAACAAAGGUCUUUCCAAAACAAGAGUGAAUCUGGGGUUGGCUUUCACCCGCUGAGAAGGAGGGGCCAACUUUGAAUAAUGACAAAUCCUACUCAUUGUGCUUUUAACCGUCUUUAACACUUCAUUCUCCGCCGUUAUUUUCUGGUGAAAUUUACUGUGGAUAUUCAUGAUCCCCUGAGGAUGCUCGCUCACACCACCUGACCUUUCCAUCAGGCCAAAAACUAGCUAGACAAUAUCAAAAUAUAGUGAUUUUAACCUUUCCUUUAGCGCCACGCUCAGGACAAACUUUACACUUCCACUAUUGAUAAGGCUCUAAUAGAAAUUCAUCAGUAUGUUGUAUGUGAACAUUGACUUUGUUGAGAUGAGUAGAGGAGGCACCUUGUGGACUGAAUCCCUCUACAGAGCUCUACUGUACUUCUGUCUCUCCAGGAGUGAAAUAGGAAACGUCUUCUGUUAGAGAGGAGACAUGAAUACUUCAGUGAAGGCUACUUGUGUUUUAUGUUAAAAAGGAAAAGUAUGUAAUAGGUUGUUUGACUUGUAGUGAUAUAUAUAUAUACUGUACCUCUACUGUAGAGUCACUAAUGUAGGCUGUAGGUUCAGAUGCUUGAGUGUGUAGUUAAGCUGCUCAGGGCAGACUGGACGUUUCCUGUGAAGAUCAAAGACGUGGAACAUAAUUUGAGUUUUUGUUGUUGCCUUAUGUGACUCUAUAAGAGUACUUACUGUACAUGCUCACAUACAAAGACCUGUUCUGCUCUUUGUUCACCUCCAGUGCUGCUUAUGUUUCUGAAAAAGCAAUAAAACUUGAAAUUUAAAAAAAAAAAA